ACCGCCAAUACGCGCGACCACUUACAUACCGGGCACCCGGCUGAACGCAUUCAUACUCUUGCCUCUAUUAAAAAAAGAGUUCCUGCACUUGCGUGGAUGGACGUGGCUUUCGACGGAAAUUGUGACAAGUAGAGAUGUGGACAUUGUGACAAUACGGAGUAGUGCAGUGACAAUAGAGCAUUAGACAUUAAAAUCAAUGGACAAGUGUUAUAUGUGAUCGAGCAUACAGUGUUACAAUCAUCAUGUUGCUGCUUAAGGUCGCACCUGUUUUCCUGCUCGUUUUUACCGUGGUUGCCGACAAAAAAAUCGAACUACAGGACAUUGAAGACGACAACUUGAAAAGCGAAAAGGAAAAGGACAUCGAUAAGUCAGAGCCGCGUUCGCAAAGUUCUGGUUCAGGAACGGCGCCAGGAUUGCUUCCGCUGGAAUUCUUUAAAAACGGACUUAUUCGAUACUUUGAUACUCCAACACAAGCACCGCAGCAACCACGUUUUGUUCAUCAGUACGCAGUUACGGAACCCCCGGAAAGGCCGCCACCAGUGUCGCCAAAGCCUCAGUACGGACCGCCUCCCGCGCAGCAAGCGAUGGUUGGGUACUUAUCAAACGUUCCAAUGCAGAUAUAUCUAGUCCCCCAGUAUUACAGUGAAACUUCAGAGCAAGCGGCCAGUCACCAGCCAGCCGUGCAGUACUCCGCACCGGCGCCGCGUGUCCCAGCCUAUCACGUUCCUGAGUCCGUGCAAGCACACGCCAACUACGUGGAAGUUCCAACAUAUGUAACACCAACAGGCAAAACGUAUGUCCAGCAAUAUCAACCACCAGUAGCCUAUGUCACUUACAGUCAACCGACAAUUGCUCCUGUACAGUCCACUGUCGGUCCAGUGGUCUAUCAAAUGCCAGUAGUUCAAUAUCCUACAGCUUUAGUUGCGCCACCAGUCAUAUCCAAGGGCUACUAUCAGCAGUACACUGACACAAAUGCUGUAGACGAUGUACAGGAUGAAGCCGAAAGUCCAAAGCAAUACGUAACACAAACCGAAGUGCCUUAUACUAAACCUACAGCGCCCGAGUACCCACGUUAUUACAACUCUCGAGCACCAAUUAGGGAAGAAUACAGGCAUACUAGCAUAUCUGAACUACCGCCUCCGAACCCCUUGCUGUUGAAAAGUCCUCCUCCACAUCUAGCUCAUCUCCCAAAAGCUUUGCCCUUCUUCAGUAGGCCCUUGACAAGGCCAGUGUACGCUUCGGGUGGUAACUUUAUUUCGAGUGCCUACACUCCUAAGACGAGCGAAACGUACGGCACUCCCUUUAAAAGGCGUCCAUCAUCUCUAUUGGAUUCCUAUGUGCCGUCUAGUGUUCAGGUAGACUAUUUAAAAAAAGGAUACGCUAAGGAUCCCUUGGCAGCGUAUGAGGCUUUAUCAACAGGUAGGCAUUUUUCGCAUACGCCGAUAAUUCCGAGACAAUAUGAACGAGGCUUUUUGCCGAACCAAAUGUAUCAUACUGCUGGCGGAGGCAUAACUUACGGUCACUACAAACGGACGCCGAAGGAGGAGAAGGUCUCUAAGAAAUAAACAAUUGAAAGUCGACUUUACUUUAAGAGAAUGUGACUGCUUAGUGUGAUUGUAUAGUACAAAAAGAUGGCGUAUAACAUAAAACUUUGUUGGUUGGGUAGUAAGUUUGUACAACGAAUGUAAAAUAAGAACUAAUUUAUUAAGAUUAUUACUAAUCAUGUA